AUGCGAACUCCCAUGAUAUCUAGGGUGCGAGUUAUGGAUGUGGCGGUAAGGCAGGCUCGGUCGACUUGUUACCAAUCUGGAAAUGCCUACAAUAGUUCCAUCCCGGUUGAGAUUGGGGAACUUCCAAAUCUUCAGUUUCUCUACGCCGAGAACUCCUUUGUCGAGGGUGACUUGUCCUUCAUGGAGCCAAUGCAAUCGAUUGUGGAAUGCUGGGUGGAUCAGAAUCCAGGAUUAGGUGGUACUAUUCCAACAACCAUUGGGAAUGUGCAGACACUUAAAAGUUGGUCCAUCAGCAGAUGUGGAUUCAAUGGUCCUAUCCCUUCCGAGCUAGGAAAUCUAAAGGACAUGGUGCGAAUGUGGCUUUAUGAUAACAUGUUUACAGGAGCUGUCCCAGAGGCCCUGGGUGACCUGUUCAAGUUGCAAAUGUUGGAGUUGGAAGAGAACCUUCUUACAUCAGUAAUGCCCCAGUCCAUUUGCCUUAACCUUGAGCCACUUGGUUUGCUGGCAACCUUGGAGGCUGAUUGCAGUGGAGGUGGCUCAGGAAUGCAAUGUGACUGCUGCACUUGCUGUGAAUCCUGUAGUAGAUAA